UGCGCAACCUUUCACGGCAAAGUGAACCAAGAUGGCGGCUGUUGUUGAAAAUGUUGUAAAACUGCUGGGAGAGCAGUGCUACAGAGACGCCAUGGAGCAGUGCCAUAACUACAACGCCCGGCUAUGUGCCGAGAGGAGUGUCCGAAUGCCCUUCCUGGACUCUCAGACUGGAGUGGCGCAGAGCAACUGUUACAUUUGGAUGGAGAAGAGACACAGGGGACCAGGAGUGGCCCCAGGACAGCUGUACACCUACCCAUCCCGCAGGUGGAGGAAGAAACAACGAGCCCUCCCCCCAGAGGAUCCCCGGCUGGUCUUCCCCCCUCUAAAGUCAGAACUGGACUUGGGUUUUAAGAAGGAUGCCCUGUCAUCAUCUGAUGGCAGCAGUCUGGAAGCCCUGCUGAAGGGGGAACCCCUGGAUAAACGGGGUCCUCCGGAGCUCCAUGGGCCAGAAGAGGAGUCCAGUCUGGCAGACUACACUUGUGGGGAAGUUACUCCUGCAGCACGCGUCAGAAAGAGAGUCCUGGAGCCAGAUGACUUCCUGGAUGACUUGGAGGAUGAGGACUAUGAGGAGGACACUCCCAAAAGAAGAGGCAAAGGAAAGGGAAAGGGUCGUGGAGUGAGCAGUGCCAAGAAGAAGCUGGAUGCUGCGGCGGCUGCACUGGAGGACAAGGACAAGCCUUACUCCUGUGACAGUGAGUCCCAGCAGGGCUUUGGAGGAGAACAGUGGGAGUGCAGAUGGCUUUGGAGGAGAACAGUGGGAGUGCAGAUGGCUUUGGAGGAGAACAGUGGGAGUGCAGAUGGCUUUGGAGGAGAACAGUGGGAGUGCAGAUGGCUUUGGAGGAGAACAGUGGGAGUGCCGAUGGCUUUGGAGGAGAACAGUGGGAGUGCCGAUGGCUUUGGAGGAGAACAGUGGGAGUGCAGAUGGCUUUGGAGGAGAACAGUGGGAGUGCAGAUGGCUUUGGAGGAGAACAGUGGGAGUGCAGAUGGCUUUGGAGGAGAACAGUGGGAGUGCAGAUGGCUUUGGAGGAGAACAGUGGGAGUGCAGAUGGCUUUGGAGGAGAACAGUGGGAGUGCAGAUGGCUUUGGAGGAGAACAGUGGGAGUGCAGAUGGCUUUGGAGGAGAACAGUGGGAGUGCAGAUGGCUUUGGAGGAGAACAGUGGGAGUGCAGAUGGCUUUGGAGGAGAACAGUGGGAGUGCAGAUGGCUUUGGAGGAGAACAGUGGGAGUGCAGAUGGCUUUGGAGGAGAACAGUGGGAGUGCAGAUGGCUUUGGAGGAGAACAGUGGGAGUGCAGAUGGCUUUGGAGGAGAACAGUGGGAGUGCAGAUGGCUUUGGAGGAGAACAGUGGGAGUGCAGAUGGCUUUGGAGGAGAACAGUGGGAGUGCAGAUGGCUUUGGAGGAGAACAGUGGGAGUGCAGAUGGCUUUGGAGGAGAACAGUGGGAGUGCAGGUUGCUUUGGAGGAGAACAGUGGGAGUGCCGAUGGCUUUGGAGGAGAACAGUGGGAGUGCCGGUGGCUUUGGAGGAGAACAGUGGGAGUGCAGAUGGCUUUGGAGGAGAACAGUGGGAGUGCAGGUGGCUUUGGAGGAGAACAGUGGGAGUGCCGGUGGCUUUGGAGGAGAACAGUGGGAGUGCCGGUGGCUUUGGAGGAGAACAGUGGGAGUGCAGAUGGCUUUGGAGGAGAACAGUGGGAGUGCAGGUUGCUUUGGAGGAGAACAGUGGGAGUGCCGAUGGCUUUGGAGGAGAACAGUGGGAGUGCCGAUGGCUUUGGAGGAGAACAGUGGGAGUGCCGAUGGCUUUGGAGGAGAACAGUGGGAGUGCAGGUUGCUUUGGAGGAGAACAGUGGGAGUGCAGGUUGCUUUGGAGGAGAACAGUGGGAGUGCAGAUGGCUUUGGAGGAGAACAGUGGGAGUGCAGAUGGCUUUGGAGGAGAACAGUGGGAGUGCAGAUGGCUUUGGAGGAGGGCCUACUCUCUUUACUCCCUAGGAACUCUCUUGUUGGGAAGCGGACAGUCGGUUGUUUUUCACUCCUGAAAUUGUCUUCCCUUGCAGAUUAAAUUUGGGGUGAUGUUGAUGUCUUUCUGAUUGUCAGUCUUUGAGCGUACUUCCCUGAGUCUCUCUCUGUUCCUUCAGUCUUUGAGCGUACUUCUCUGAGUCUCUCGCAAUAUACUGUCAGUCUGUGAGCGUACUUCUCUGAGUCUCUCUCUUCUGUCAGUCUGUGAGCGUACUUCUCUGAGUCUCUCUAUACUGUCAGUCUGUGAGCGUACUUCUCUGAGUCUCUCUCUCUUCUGUCAGUCUGUGAGCGUACUUCUCUGAGUCUCUCUCUCUCUUCUGUCAGUCUGUGAGCGUACUUCUCUGAGUCUCUCUAUACUGUCAGUCUGUGAGCGUACUUCUCUGAGUCUCUCUCUCUCUUCUGUCAGUCUGUGAGCGUACUUCUCUGAGUCUCUCUCUCUUCUGUCAGUCUGUGAGCGUACUUCUCUGAGUCUCUCUCUCUUCUGUCAGUCUGUGAGCGUACUUCUCUGAGUCUCUCUAUGCUGUCAGUCUGUGAGCGUACUUCUCUGAGUCUCUCUAUGCUGUCAGUCUGUGAGCGUACUUCUGAGGCUCUCUAUACUGUCAGUCUGUGAGCGUACUUCUCUGAGUCUCUUUCCUUUUCUCUCUUUUCUCUCCUCUCUUUCAGACACUUUCAGACAAAAGCAUAUUUCGCAACCU